AUGCAUGAAAUGGAAAAUAAAGCUAAUAUUGAUCGUUCAAUAGAUGAUGAUGGAAAUGAGCUUAUUGGUUAUGUUGUUGAAAAACAUGAUGCUUCUUUCAGAAAUGUUUGGCAACGUAUUGGAUAUAAUGGUUCAUGUGCAUUUGCAUAUACAAAUACGGGGUUUCCUGAAGAUGCUGCACAUCAUUUUCACGUAUAUAUAGAGAAUUGUGUUGGCAUGAUAUCAACAUUAACAACAAUUGAUCCGAUUAUUGCUAAAAUUUCUUAUAUAGAUCCACAUACACCAAAAGGAUGA